GCCCUGUUUCUUCCGAGCAAGACGAAGAACUUAGCAGCCAUGGCAGACAGCAGCAGCAGCCUCACAGUCCACCCAGGAAGCGGCUUUUGCAAAUUAAACUCUGUUUUCUACAGCAAACGCAAGCCUAUCCCACUCCCACAAACUGACUUCCUAGACACCACCACCUUCAUCUUCUCCCGUCCUCACCACGGCAAAACAGCCUUCAUCGACGCAGCAACCGGCCGCCACCUCUCCUUCAAAGACCUAUGGAGAGCAGUAGAUUCCGUUGCCACGUGUCUCCACGACAUGGGAAUCCGCAAGGGUCAAGUGAUCCUCUUACUUUCUCCAAACUCCAUUUUCUUCCCCAUCGUUUGCCUCUCCGUCAUGUGGUUAGGCGCCAUAAUUACCACCACUAACCCUCUCAACACUCCUCGUGAAAUCGCUAAACAAAUCGCCAACUCGAAACCUUCACUUGCUUUCACUACUCCCGAACUCGUUUCCAAACUCACCGAGUCAAGCUCAAACCUACCCAUCGUCCUCAUAGACGACGAAACAGGUACCUCCAUAAAGACAAAAGCCAACAUUUUGACAACAUUAAGCGAGAUGGUAAAAAGGGAACCGAGGGAGAGCCGAGUUAGAGAGCGAGUUAACCAGGACGACACAGCUACGCUUCUCUACUCUUCAGGCACAACUGGAGAAAGCAAAGGUGUGGUGUCCUCACACAAGAACUUAAUCGCGAUGGUACAAACAAUUGUUGAACGGUUCAGAUUAAACGAAGGAAGACACACAUUUGUUUGUACGGUCCCGAUGUUUCACAUCUACGGUUUAGCAGCGUUUGCCACAGGAAUUCUGGCAUCAGGAUCAACGAUCAUCGUUCUCUCGAAAUUCGAAAUGGGAGAGAUGUUAUCAACAAUUGAAAAAUACCGGGCCACUUAUUUACCACUCGUGCCGCCGAUUCUUGUAGCGAUGAUUAAUGGGGCUGAUCAGAUAAGGACGAAGUAUGAUUUGAGCUCGUUGCAAUCGGUUUUAUCUGGUGGGGCUCCAUUGAGUAAGGAAGUGAUUGAAGGUUUUUCGAAUAAGUAUCCAGGGGUCACGAUUUUGCAAGGUUAUGGUCUGACUGAGUCGACGGCGAUUGGUGCCUCGACGGAUACGUUGGAGGAGAGUAGGAGGUAUGGUACGGCAGGGCUUUUGUCGCCGAAUACGGAGGCUAAGAUUGUGGACCCGGAGAGGGGUAAAGCUUUGCCGGUGAACCAGACCGGUGAACUUUGGCUUCGAGCUCCUUCUGUCAUGAAAGGUUACUUUAGAAAUGCUGAAGCUACAUCAUCAACUAUUGAUUCAGAGGGAUGGUUAAGAACAGGGGAUCUCUGCUACAUUGACGAUGAUGGCUUCAUUUUUGUGGUUGAUCGGUUGAAGGAGUUGAUUAAAUACAAGGGAUAUCAGGUCCCUCCGGCGGAACUAGAGGCCUUGUUACUCGCUCAUCCAGAGAUUUCUGAUGCUGCUGUAAUACCAUUUCCUGACAAGGAUGCGGGGCAGUUCCCCAUGGCUUAUGUGGUAAGAAAAGCCGGGAGCAAUUUAUCUGAGAAAGCUGUCGAGGAUUUCAUAGCAGGACAGGUGGCUCCAUACAAAAGAAUUCGGAGAGUUGCAUUUAUUGCUGCAAUACCCAAGAAUCCGUCUGGAAAGAUUCUCCGAAAGGAUCUUAUCAAGCUCGCAACCUCCAAGCUAUGAAUGCUUCAGGCUGAUGCAAGAUCAGAAUAAGUAGAGCAGGCGUACAUGGUCAUCUACAAUGUUCAUGUUUAUAUAGCUCUAAUAAAACUUCUCGAUAAUUUAUUUUAUUAAGAAUUAUGAUCCAUUCUGUUUUUCUUGUUUUGAUGACGCAACAUUACAGUGCGUAUAAAUACUAGGGUUCUCAAUUUUAA